UCAUGGCCAUCAACACAACUACCGUCACCAAAUCCAUGGCUGCAGCCUUCUUCACAAUCAUCGCCAUGGCUGCGUUGACAUCUGCAACCACCGGCUUAGUUCAGCCUCCUGAAUCAGACCACUUAGUUAACAAAUGUAUGGCUAAGAUAUCUUCAAGGUGCGCGAUGUAUGUCACAGCAGAAAUGUAUAACCAUGGUCCGCUGAAACAAAACGGAUGUUGUCUAGAAGUUUAUCACAUGGGACGUAUUUGUCUCCACAUCAUGACAAAGCAUGUCAUUGAGACACUUAUUCCCAAGGUUAAAGGUCACAAGCAAAAAGACUCUCUCGAGAAAAGCACACAAAUAUGGUAUCUUUGUGUUCCGGUAUCUUCAAUAUCUUGAUUUCA